UAUUUCACAUGACACAGCCAAUCUACUAUUCAAUGGAGGGAUGUACAUAUUUGGCUUUUUAUUUCCAGUGACUUUGUGUGUGUGCUGUUAUAUGAGUUUGCUAAGAGCUGUCCGCAAAAAUGAACGAAGUUUGUCAUUAACUCUAUCCGAUGAUAGUGGACGGACACACUACAAAUUUACCAGAAACAGAAGACGUUUAGAUGUAGAAGCUGCAAAGUCAUGUGUCUUCUUACUCCUUUUUUAUUUAAUGUCAUGGACACCAUAUGCUACAGUAUGCCUCCUUUCACUGAUAGGCUAUAACGACUUUCUGACACCAGUGAUGGCUGAGAUCCCAUGUCUAUUCGCUAAAAUGGCAGCUAUUUAUGAUCCGUUUAUAUAUGCUUUUACAAAUGCGAAAUUUAGAGCUGCUUUAGGCAUUGGAAGAUCUAGUAAUAUGACUGUACUACAGAAUAAUAAGUCAACAAGGAAGAGGUUAUCAAAGCAACCAGAUGUAAAAACUUUAGUCGAGCCUCCAGAUCUUGAAAGAACGUUAUAUGUGAAAUCAAAAUGAUCAAAAAUCGAAGUUAGUUAUGAUAACUACUUGAAGCAGACUACAUUAUGAAAAUACCAUUCUUGUGAAUGCAUAUUACAGUUAACGCGUUUAGAGGUGUCUGCAUACCUCUUGCAAUUUGAUUCUCUAGUUGCAUGACAGACUCACUCCUACACAAUUCCUAUUUCAACUUUCA